AUGGUUCUGAAGUAAGUAACUAUGAACAUUUUUCACCUGGGAAUAUAUUUUUUUCGAAAAUAUUAGGGGCUAGGGUGUUGGAACUCGCAGUACCAUAGAUGUACUGUGCUCUUGGGAAAACGUCGUCGCCAAAGAAAAAACACGCAGCAUGUGAUAAAAAUAUCACAGACUCUCUGUUAGAAUGAGUAUUGUUGUGGAGACCAUCUUGAAUAUUGUUGCAGGGAUCAAUUAGAGCUACUUUCCCUUGAUUAGGGGCAUUUUAGAAUUGUGGUGACCACCAGAGCAUUGCAUUGAAGACUUUUUCCGCUUGCAUCUUUUGGGGGAUUUAUCCAUUUCUUUUUAGAGAAGAUGGCAUUUUUAUGUAUUUACAAUUCUUAAGAAUACUAUCCCAUGACUAAUUCUAUAUUGUUCGUACUUUUGACUCAAUAGGACAGAGCUCUGCCGCUUCAGCGGUGCUAAGAUAUAUCCUGGCAAGGGUAUUAGAUUUGUGCGGGCUGAUUCUCAGGUAGUUUCUUCUAUGUGCGGAUGCUGGCUGAUAGCUUUUAUUCUCUCAUAUACGUGAUGUAAUAUCUUCUUUGGUGUUUUUUAUUCAGGUUUUUCUUUUCUCUAACUCGAAGUGCAAGCGUUAUUUCCACAACCGACUUAGGCCUGCCAAGCUUACAUGGACAGCAGUAUAUAGAAAGCAGCACAAGAAGGUAAUAUAUUAUUUUUCCAUGUGAUUGUUUCUAGAAUUUCUAUAAUAUUUCCUCUGAUUCUGUGUAAUAAAUGCUUAAGUUUACUUGAAAUGGUUUUUUACUGUCAUUGAAUGGAUCAUACCUCAUGGGCUUAGAUCUUCAUCGUGAACCUGGUCUCUUACAUAUAUAGAUCUUCAUCUGGUCAACGAGAGUGCUUCUUAAAGCACCUCUCCCUCCCUUUCUCUCUCUAUCUCUCUCUUGCUGUGUCUAGACUACUAGUUAUGCUAGACUGUGUACUUAUGAGGCUGAGCGUAGCUUCGUUGAUGGCUGUUCCUUGGACGGCAGGAUAUUCACGCUGAAGCUGUGAAGAAAAGGCGCAGAGCGACCAAGAAGCCAUACUCCAGGUCGAUCGUCGGUGCAACAUUGGAGGUGAUCCAAAAGAGGAGAACUGAGAAGGCGGAAGUUCGGGGUGCUGCCAGGGAAGCUGCCUUGCGGUACAAGAUCCUCCCCCACUCUUCUCUAUAUGAUCUGAUGACGACAACUAUACUUCAAUUCAUCUUUUUGGCGUAUAAGGCUAACCUUUCAUUCGCUUUUUCUCCCCGUUUAGUGAGAUCAAGGAGCGGAUCAAGAAGACCAAGGACGAGAAGAAGGCCAAGAAAGCUGAGCUGAUGUCAAAGACUCAGAAGGCCCAGACCAAAGGCAGCUUGCCCAAGGCCCCGAAAGGACCCAAACUCGGCGGCGGCGGCGGGAAGCGCUGA